AUGGGGCCCGGGGAGGCGGGGGAAGCGGGGCGGAGGGUACAGAAUGUGCUGGAUCGCCUGUCCCGGCGGGCGGGGGCGGCCGGCGCGGAGGAGGGGAGAAACCCUGAUCCCCUCCCCAUUCCCGCAGCCCCGGCCAUGGCCUCUCCCCGAGGUUCUGGGAGCUCCACCUCUCUCAGUACUGUGGGCUCUGAGGGAGACCCAGCCCCGGGGCCUACCCCAGUCUGCCCAUCCUCCAAGCCAGAGCCCCUGCCAGGGCCCCCCAUCCGCCUGCACCUGUCGCCCAUGGGGACCCCAGGGUCAGCAAAACCCUCGAGAUUGGAGCGGGUGGCCCGUGAGAUCGUGGAGACGGAGCGCGCCUAUGUCAGGGACCUCCGCAGCCUCGUGGAGGAUUACCUAGGGCCCCUGCUGGAUGGCGCUGGGGUCCUGGGGCUGAGUGUGGAGCAAGUGGGCACACUGUUCGCCAAUAUCGAGGAUAUCUACGAGUUCAACAGUGAGCUCCUGGAGGACUUGGAAGGCAGCAGCAGUGCAGGGGGCAUCGCCGAGUGCUUUGUGCAGAGGAGUGAGGAUUUUGACAUCUACACCUUGUACUGCAUGAACUACCCAAGCUCCCUGGCCCUGCUCCGGGAGCUGUCUGUGUCUCCGCCAGCUGCCAUGUGGCUGCGAGAGCGCCAGGCCCAGCUGCGCCACUCACUGCCCCUACAGAGUUUCCUCCUGAAACCCGUCCAGCGCAUCCUCAAGUACCACCUCCUCCUGCAGGAACUAGGUAAGCACUGGGCUGAGGGCCCGGGCACUGGCAGCCGGGAGAUGGUGGAAGAAGCGAUUGUGUCUAUGACCGCCGUGGCAUGGUACAUCAAUGACAUGAAGCGGAAACAGGAGCAUGCAGCUCGCCUCCAGGAAGUUCAGCGGCGGCUGGGGGGCUGGACUGGCCCAGAGCUCAGUGCCUUUGGGGAGCUUGUGUUGGAGGGAGCCUUCCGAGGGGGCGGCCCCCGACUGAGAGGAGGGGAGAGACUGCUCUUCUUGUUCUCAAGGAUGCUGCUCAUCGCCAAACGUCGGGGACCAGAAUAUGCCUAUAAGGGUCAUAUCUUUUGCUGUAACCUGAGUGUGAGCGAGAGUCCUCGAGACCCUCUGGGGUUCAAGGUGUCCGAUCUGACCAUUCCUAAACACAGGCAUCUGCUUCAGGCCAAGAACCAAGAAGAGAAGCGUCUCUGGAUUCACUGCCUCCAGCGCCUCUUCUUUGAGAACCACCCCGCCUCCAUCCCUGCCAAGGCAAAGCAAGUUCUUUUGGAAAACAGCCUUCACUGUGCUCCAAAGAGCAAGCCUGUGUUUGAGCCCCCUACACCUCCCCUUGGGUCUCCCCGGCCUCGAGAUGCUAGAAUUUUCACCCCUGGCCGAAGGAACACAGCUCCAUCUCCUGGGCUCUCUGCCAGUCGCCGUGGCUAUAGACAAUCUGAACCGCUGAAAGACCCUUACGUCACGUUCCCACAGGACGCUAAGCCUAGAUUCAAGCAUGAUGGCAGUGAAGAGGAACUUUACCCCUCCUCAGAGCCACAGCCACCAGUUCCAGCUUCUGGACCCCGGGAAGACCCCGAGGACCCUGGGCCCCCUUCACUGGACCCCUCAGGGACUUCCAUCACUGAGGAAAUCUUGGAACUGCUGAGCCAGAGAGGCCUUCGGGAUCCAGGGCCAGCCACCCAUGACAUUUCCAAGUUCCCUGGAGAUAUCCCAAAAGCACCAGAUGACAGCAAAGCCCUCUCAUCCUUGCCCGGCAGAGAGUCUUCAGAAGAGGAGAUGGAGGAGGAGGAAGAAGAGGAGGAAGAAGAGGAAGAACCGGAGAUGGAUGAAAGGGAGCCUUCUCCACUCCAUGUCUUAGAGGAACUAGAAAGUUCCAACACAGCUGACAUGCCGGACAGUGCCAGCCUUCCCAAGGUCCCGGAUGUUCACAGCCUCCCUGACAUUCCUCAAGUGCCCUGCUUUCCAGCCAUUACUAGUGGCUCUGAUGUCCCCAACCCUUCCUCUGUCCCCCAUGACUCCUGGCUCCCAGGACCAGAACUCAUCUGUGCCAACGAUCCUGGAGAACUGAGGGGUCCCUCUUCAGGAAGCAGGACAGCGCAGGAGGAAGAGAGAAGAUUUUCAUCCCAAACUUUCCAACCCCAAGAUGUCACUCAAGCUCAGGGAUUUGCCGAUGAACAGGAAUUCCGCUCCUGCUCGGAAAUCCGGAGUGCCUGGCAGGCUAUGGAGCAGGGUCGUCUGGCCCGGCCCGGCUUCCCCGAGCCUCUCUUGAUCCUGGAAGACUCUGAUCUUGGUGGAGGCAGUGGCAAGGCAGGAGCCCCACAUUCAGAGCGGGCAGCGUCCCGGGUUCGAGAACUGGCCCGGCUUUAUAGUGAACGCAUCCAGCAGAUGCAGAGGGCUGAGACGCAGGCAUCCAUCAAUGCCCCCCGCCGCCGACCACGGGUCCUGGCCCAACCUCAGCCAGCCCCCUGUCUGCCCCAAGAGGAGGCUGAGCCAGGGUCUCCGCCUGCCUUUGGACACGUGCUAGUGUGUGAGCUGGCCUUCCCUAUGACCUGUUCCCAGGAAUCUGUCCCCUUGGGCCCUGCUGCUCUGCUUCAAACUGCCACCCCUUUGUCUAAGGGAAGCCACCUGAGUGGCCAGAGCCUAGGUGUCUCAACUGUACCUGAGCAAGACCAUCUAGGCAGCCACAUUCAGCCACCUCCCUUUUGGCCGGAACAAGGAGACUUCAGGAACCAGCCUCCAGUCCCAUCACCUUUGCCCUGUGAACAGGACAGCCCUGCAGAUGUCCAGUGUCCAGCUGUUUCAACUUGGUCCGAUCAAAGCCAGUUGGGAAGCCAGGUUUCUCUGCAGAGAAGCUAUUCUGACGUCACCGAUUCAGCUUCCACCUCAUUGGCUGAGCAAGAAGAGCCACCAGAGAGCCAGAGCCCAGCCAGCUCCCCAGAAACUGAGCAGAGAGAAUGCCAGGACGAUCAAGGCCCAGUCUCUGUUUCUGACCCAGCCACCUACCAUGUGCCAACACGUGGGAGCAGCGUGGACCAUGAGAUCCCGUCAGCCACCUUACUGCCAUUAUCAGAUGACCUUGCAGAGAUUUCUUGUCCAGGUGCCUCACCUCUGCUGGCCGCUGGAGGCCACCCGAGCUGUCCAAUGUCAGCCAGUGCGUCACCUUUUGGCUCUGAGGAUCUCCCAGAUGGUCAGGAUACAGGUGCCACAUUGUUACACCAGCCACAAGGCCUUAAGGACAUUGGGGUCCAAGAUCUCCCACCUUUGCCCAAACAAGAAGCUCCUCCAGACUCGUGGGCUACUGCUGCCACCCCUCUGCUUCAGGGACACAGCCUCACAGACACACAAGCUCCCCAACCCACUACACCUUUGUUGGAUCAACAGAACUGCCCAGACAGCCCUAUUCCAACUGUCAUGUCUUUGGCUGAGCAAGAGAAUUCUCCAGAUCAUCUCCACUGGUGGUCGCCCCCGGUUCAGGCCACCAUGGUUUUAUCCAAACCUGGAGGUCCCUUGCCCUCUCCUGUGACAAAAUCAGAGCCUGCAGACUCGACCCCACCCUGCAGCCCCCCACCCCCGACCCGUCAGCUCCUGGGCCCCAAUGCCACCGCCCUUUCCCGAUAUUUGGCCGCCUCAUAUAUCAGCCAGAGUUUAGCUCGGCGGCAGGGACCUGGAGGAGAGCUCUCCUUAACUUCUCGGGGUUCCUGGUCCUCUUCUGCUCCCACAUCCCGGGCGCCAUCCCCACCCCCCCAGCCCCAGCCUCCGCCCCCUCCAGCAAGACGGCUGAGUUACGCAACCACCGUCAGUAUUCAUGUAGGAGGGGGAGGGCGGCUACGACCAGCCAAGGCCCAGGUCAGGUUGAAUCACCCUGCCCUUUUGGCCCCCUACCCAGGAACUUGGGGACCUUCCCAGAGCCCAGGGGGCACCUCCUGAUAUGCUUUCACACCUGUGAGCUUUCACACAGUCAGGACAAUCAACCAGAAUACCAUCCAUGUCCUCCAAACUCCACAAACAACUCUAGAAUGUGUCGGGGACUUCCGGGCCCCUUGGGAUGUCCUUCCUCUUCUGACCUCCAUGGAUGCACAGGGGAUGGAGAAGGAGAUGUCACGUUUCUUUUGUGAAUUAAUUCAUAUGAUGAAAUG